AUGUGCCACACCAGCUGCUCCUCGGGCUGCCAGCCAGCCUGCUGCGUGCCCAGCCCCUGCCAGGCAGCCUGCUGUGUGCCUGUGAGCUGCAAGCCUGCUGUGUGUGUGCCCAUGAGCUGUAGGCCAGCCGUGUGCGCGCCUGUGAGCUGCAGGCCAGCCGUGUGCGCGCCUGUGAGCUGCAGGCCCACUGUGUGCGUGGCCCCCUCCUGCCAGUCCUCCGGGUGCUGCCGGCCCUCCUACCCCACUCUGGUCUGCAGACCCGUCCUCUCUUGCACCCCUUCCUGCUCCUGA